UCAAAAUGGCUACUUACAUGACAGUCUCUACCGACUUAGAAGAUGUCAAACUACAUUCAGUGCCUUGUCGUAUUCAUUAUGACGGAAACGCAAAUAUUGCUCAAUACUUUGAAUCAAACUCGCGUAAAAGUGAUGAAGGUGUCACAGCAUCUUUUCGUGGUAGACCAUUAAAAGGGGAGGUUAUCCAAGUACCUCAUGGCUACACUGGACUUGUUGUCAAGGAAACAAGGAAAGCUGUAACAGAAGAUGAGGACCGUCAUUUAGCAACUAUGAAUAAAUUUCAUGAAGUGAACUACUGGAACCUUGACAAAACACCAUGUGAAGAUGAUAAAAUGAAACAAGCUCUACACUGGUUAGAACUGGCAAAAGUGCUUCAUCAACCUUUGGAGGAUGAGAACAGUCAGAAGAGUACAGUGGGAAAUUGAUAUGUCCAGGUACCAGAUGUGCCAUAUUUUAAAACACAUUGAAUUACCUCCCUUGGCAUUACUGCUCCAUUGAGGCAGAGACUAUGGUGAAUUACAAAUCGCAGAGAUUCUAGUUACAGGCUCUAUAUAUACAUUAUGCUUAUUACUCUCAAUGUUUCAGACUCACAUUGGUGCAAUAAAUGUGUAGAUGGAAUGAAAUGGGAUUGUGUUUUAUCAGCUUUCCAAAAAGACAAACAGGAAUGUGUUUUAUCAGUAUAACAUGCUUGCUGUGUGCUAGAUUUAGUAUAACAUACAUUUUCCUUCCAUGUCUCCAAAAGCAUUAAUAAUUUACCCAAUUAAGUUUGUUGGUGGAAAGUUCUAUUACAGUAAAAAUGUAACUAUCACUUACCUUUAAUUGAAUGAUAAAAUUUUUAAUGCAACUUUGACGAAGUUUGUAGUCCUCAAUUAAGUUGGUCAAUUAAGUUUGUUCAUCUGUACAGGUUAAAAUGUAGAAAUUGUCACGGAUCAUUGAUUUCUUUUUCCGGGUAAUUAAAGCACUGUCCAGCAUUUAUCAAC